GCCUCCCUUGGCUUUCUUUCGAAGUUGGUGGCCGGGACGGAGCGGCGGCGGCGGCGGGAGUCGAAGGGACGCCCGGCUUCUGAACCAGCAUGCCUCAGAACGAGUAUAUAGAAUUACAUCGGAAACGAUAUGGCUAUCGGUUGGAUUACCAUGAGAAGAAGAGGAAGAAGGAGGGUCGCGAGGCCCAUGAACGAUCAAAGAAAGCCAAGAAAAUGAUUGGGUUGAAAGCCAAACUUUAUCAUAAACAGCGCCAUGCAGAGAAGAUACAAAUGAAAAAGACUAUUAAAAUGCAUGAAAAGAGAAAUACCAAGCAGAAGAAUGAUGACAAAACCCCAGAAGGUGCUGUGCCAGCUUACCUCUUGGACAGAGAAGGCCAGUCCCGAGCAAAAGUUCUUUCCAACAUGAUCAAACAGAAACGAAAGGAGAAAGCUGGGAAAUGGGAGGUUCCUGUACCCAAAGUUCGUGCCCAAGGGGAAACAGAAGUACUUAAAGUUAUUCGUACAGGAAAGAGGAAGAAGAAGGCUUGGAAACGAAUGGUUACCAAAGUGUGUUUUGUUGGGGAUGGCUUUACCAGAAAGCCUCCAAAAUACGAACGAUUCAUUCGACCAAUGGGUUUGCGAUUCAAGAAGGCUCAUGUAACACAUCCUGAACUUAAAGCCACGUUUUGCCUUCCUAUCCUUGGUGUAAAAAAGAAUCCCUCUUCUCCUCUGUAUACAUCUUUAGGGGUGAUUACAAAAGGUACAGUCAUUGAAGUGAACGUGAGUGAGCUUGGUCUUGUGACGCAAGGAGGCAAAGUAGUCUGGGGAAAAUAUGCGCAAGUUACCAACAAUCCAGAAAAUGAUGGAUGCAUUAAUGCAGUUCUUCUUGUGUAAGUGCCAUGUUGUAUCCAUGGAUGAGUACAGUGGCUUCUUCAAGAAUGAUGACUUCCUCAGAAUGCUGGUAGAUAAAGUACUUGGGCCAAGGAAUCAGCACAACGAGGACUGGCUUUUCUUUGAACAUUAUCAGUAAUAAAGGGCACCAUCUUGGACCAAU